AUGACGCUCCCGUCUCCGUCUGGCUCGAAGAGGUCGGUCGGUCAUCGGUGCUUCCCACGAAAGAGAUAUCUAUCAUCUAGAUAUCCUACUAGAGGGAUUCUGGAAGGUGAUAGUUAUCGCCAUGCAGUGAAGCUAGACCUGCCGUUUGACAUCCCAUAUGCAUCGCAGCUCUUGGAAUCUCAACAUACCGAUAGAGAAAGGCUGUUCCAGGUUGCAAACCCUCUAGCUGGCGUGAGGCGGUGGAGGCUCCGCUCCGUCUUGGCAUUAUUUUGGUCUUGGCAAGGAUUACUUCACGAUACUAGAAAAGACUCUAGUUAUAUGGGCGCCCAUUACACUCCAUACAUAGAUGGAGCCGAGACUACUAACGUGUUUAACUGGUUGACGAUUGAUGAAUUUGUCUACAGCAUGUCCUGGACUCUAAACAUUUCUUGGCUUGCAAAUCUCAAUCUCGGUACAACUAGUUGGACUGUUCGUUAUAUAGACGCCAAUAUAGUAUUAUACGAUUGCAAGCCGGAGCACAGACUUCAAUUAGCGUGCUUCUGGUUAUAUUAA